AUGAUUCACCGAUUUCCCCUUGCUAUUAAAACUCUCCCGGAGCCUCUGCAAGAAGUGCUCAAGUCUUUGAUCAAAAUCGUUAACUAUAUAAAAUCUAGUGCUCUCAACAACCGUCUUUUCAAAGAACUCUGUGAAGACAUGAACUCUGAUCAUGAGACUCUUCUGUUCUAUACUGCUGUUCGUUGGUUGUCCAAAGGGAAUGUUAGUGAACGUGUAUUUGAGCUAAAGGACGAACUCAAAGCCUUCUUGGGAAUGCAGGAGAAAUCAGAUUUUAUGGAACAUCUCGAUAGCCCGGCUUGGAUACAAAGAGUUGCUUAUUUAUCGGACAUCUUCGGUCAGUUGAACAAGUUGUACCUGAAACUUCAGGGAAAGGACUUGCACCUCAUCUAUUUGAAAGAUAAUCUUCAAGCAUUUGUGUCCAAGAUUGAAAACUGGCGACGUGAAGUAAAUCUUGAAAACUUUGCAAUGUUUAAAAACCUGAGCACCAUGGUUGAAGUAUCAGAGGCAGGAAUUGCGGGAUUCAAAAGAGGAAAUUGA